CAGUGCAGCGCGUUGGCCAUACAUUAAGCACGUAACGUGGAGCGGAUGUGCCGGGGAAUGCGUCUCUUUCCUGGCUUCACCUGCAGCGCGCUGACGGCGCGGGGUUGUGCGAGUCGCAGGCGACAGAAGACGUUGGUCUCUGGGAUUGUGCCUUCAGGUUUUGGAGCCAGCACCGCGCUGUGAAACUUCCACCGAGUGUGUGUUGUAGACCUAUGGGUGAGCCAUGUCCUCCUCAGCCUGGCAGUGGACCUCUGUGCGCCCAGUUGUCUUCAGCAGCCUGGUGGUGUGGUGUUUUCUUGUUGUUUUCUUCACAUACAACCUUUACUUCAAGUUCCCCACUUUUGCCAUUUACAUGGAGGGAGGCCGUCAUUGCUGUCCUACAGUUGUGUGUGCAGAGGGACCACAGAACCAGGACUCAAACUGCUCCACAGAGCUGCAUGAUAACCCAGAUCACAAUGCCUCCCAGAAGGUCCAGACUGCAGCAGUGGACACUGAGCCUGAUACUAUUUUAUUGAUCUGGAUGUGGCCAUUUGGCAACAGGUUUGAUCUCAGCUGCAGUAUUUUUAAUAUCACAAAGUGCCACCUGACAGAUGACAAGUCUCUGUACCAUAAAGCCCACGGGGUCCUCUUCCACCACAGGGACAUUUAUGAAAAUCCAGUAAGCUUACCAACAGAGCCGCGUCCCUGCUUUCAGAAAUGGGUGUGGUCAAAUAUGGAGUCGCCAGCAAACUCAGCUCCAAUCCCUGAGGUCAAUCACCUGUUCAACUUGACAUGCAAUUAUCGGCUUGAUUCAAAUAUUCCUGUGCCUUAUGGGUAUCUGGUGCCAGUGACACCUGAAGAUGAGAGUUUCAAAGUGCCAGCAAAGGACAAGCUGGUCUGUUGGGUUGUGAGCAACUGGAACCGGCACUUUAAGAGAGUUCAGUUCUACAACGAAAUGAAAGAUCACAUCAUGAUUCAUACUUAUGGGAACGCAUUUGGCCAAGAUCUCAGUAAACAAGAGUAUUCAAAGAUAGUUUCUAGUUGUAAAUUCUAUCUCUCCUUUGAAAACUCUGUUUACAAAGACUAUAUCACAGAGAAGUUAUUUGGGCCUAUGAGUUUAGGAACUGUACCAGUAGUUCUGGGCCCUUCAAGACAAAAUUAUGAGGACCAUGUCCCAGGAGAUUCUUUCAUUCAUGUCAAUGACUUUUCUACUCCAAAGGAGCUGGCAGAGAGGCUCAUUUACCUUGACCAAAACAAUUCUGAGUACAUGAGAUACUUUAACUGGAGAAGAAGGUUUAAAGUGAAAAUGUCUUGGUUUGGCAGAGAACAAGCUUGCAAAACUUGUAGUUACUUACAAACUCACAGAGGCUAUGAAGCCUUUUGUGAUCUCAACAAAUGGUACUGGGGUUAACAGUACUCUUACAAAAAGAGCCAAUAUACAUUUCAGCUUGGGAUACUGCCAAUAAUGUUGAUAACGAAAAAAAAAAACACUUUAAUUGUAUAACG